GCCCGAGAAACGAUGCAAAUCCUGCAGGAGAUUUCCUCUCUACUCGGCACGGGACUGGACAAGGAAACCCUGGCGCUGUGCGUGCAGCUGUGUGAGGCAGGAGUGAAUCCAGAAGCUCUAGCAGUCGUCAUACAGGAGCUGAGACGCGAGGCAGCCAACAUCAAGGAAUCUUCACAAUCCGAAGGACAGAAGUCUGAUGAACGUCUGUAAUAUAUACCGAAAAUAUCUGCCUGCAAAUAUAUAACAGUGUCGUCCCGAUCAUCCCGUGUGACACUAUCAUGAGGAGACGGUUGACGGUCACCGAGUGCGAGCCGCAGGACGUCAGCAAACAGCCGCUAAGACGUCUAGAGGUGCCCUUGAACCGAUUCACGAAAGUCGCAAUACCCCUGCACUUGGAGAUUUUGGAAAAACACAAAGCUAACAUACACAGGUUUGCCGAGUUGCGCCAGUGGGACAGGGUUCACCGGGAACAAGUGAACGCCGCGCGAACGGUGCAGCAGCUGAAGUCAGACAUACUGGAGAUCGACUUGGUGAGGUGCCAGGUCAGGGACGAAGAUGUUGUGGAAUUCGACAGGCGUUUGGAGCCGAUUAAAACACGCGCGAUCGAAGCCGUCGUAGAAUUGAUCAGCUUGCAGCAUGGCGAUCGCGGAUAUGAGAUACCCCGCCUGUCAGAUAGCGCGCUCUGCGAAGAGAGCGAAGCGGAGAAUGAGUCGGCGGCCAGUGAGAGACUACAGCUUCUCGAAGCCGUCGAGAUAUCGCUGGAGGAGAAGCGACAGGUGCUGCAGUCGUGGGAGAACCUCAAACAGGACCUUGAUGACCUAAACGCGAUGAUGGCGGAGUUAUCUGCGGCGGUGCGGCAGCAGGGAGAGGCCGUGGAUCGCAUAGAGGAUCACGUCUCUGUCGCAGAUGCCAACGUGGAGGAGGGCACGAGGAUUCUCGCAGCGGCGGCGAAGAUGAAGAUGAUGCGCUUCCGUUUGCCGGGGCCGUCGUCGGGGCGUCAUCCCCGGCCCGAUCGUCUCCUGACGGGCUCAAGAUUGCCGCUUGGCGGCCGCCCUCAGCGGGUCCGUGUUCGAUGCUUCAACAAGAAGGACAUGUUUCCGCCGGGAAACCCGAUCCGCUGCCAGGUGAACGAGAAGAUGCGGUCGGUGAACGUUGUGCAGUGCUGCACCGACACCGACUACUGCAACCGGGGGCUGCAGCCUGUGCUGUCGCCGCCCACGACCACGCAAGAUCCGGACGAGCAGGCGUCCGGUAUGAACCAGAGCCUGAGUCGAUGGCACCUCACUGCCAUCAUCUCUGUGCCGAUAUGCCUCGCCUGCUUCGGCGUCUGCGGCAUCGUCUGCCUCUACCAGAUAUACCAGCGCAACCGCGCGCCCUCGAGACAGCCGUGCGCACAAGUACGACGGUGACCACAGCAUGUAGAGCAGCGGCGAACCCGAUGCUGGGACCAGCGACGAGAUCCAUCAGAAGACAUGAUCAUGACUGAGACGACGAUGUGGGUCAGG